AUGGCUCCAGCCUCAGGUCCGCCUGUCACAAGACUUGGAUUUGCCAGACGGACACUAGGCAUAGUGCUGCUCUCAAUUGUGGUCGUUCUAUGGACAGCCUCGAAUUUUCUAGGAAGCACCAUCUUCGCCGAUAAUACCUACCCGAAGCCUUUCUUCGUAGUUUACCUCAACACAUCUCUCUUCCUCUUGCCUCUUUUCACUAUCCUUCUGAGCAGGGUAUGGCGUCUCUGGCGCGCCGAUAAGCUGUCGCAGGUCACUUCGCUUCGAACCCUGCUGCUACAUCUAGAUAGGGAUAUUCCAGAAGAUGAAGAGCAGAGCAUAUUGCGCAGCGACUCUUUCGAUACUACGUAUGGCGGUGAAGUUGGCCGUGAACAUGCUCGCGUGGACGACGCGCAUGCAAAGUUGGGGUUGAGGGAGACAGCGAAGCUCAGUUUCGAAUUCUGCCUUCUCUGGGUAUGUACCGUUAUGUUUCAAGGCUGUAACGCAAAUUACUUCGCUAUGGCUUGUCUUCAGUUUACCACCGUGUCUAGUACAACCAUUCUGACAUCUACUAGUGGAGUCUGGACAUUAAUAUUCGGCGCAAUGAUUCAAGUUGAGAAAAUCACACUGCGCAAGAGUCUAGGGGUCUUCGCCUCUCUGAUCGGUAUCAUCCUGAUCUCACGCGUGGAUCUCUCAGGACCAGACGAGACCCCGGUCGCAGGCCGUGGCGAAGGAUCAUUCCCGCACAAAUCUGCCGGCGAGAUCGCUCUCGGUGACGCCAUGGCAGCAUUUAGUGCCCUGCUGUACGGUGUCUACACGAUAGUGAUGAAAAAGCAAGCAGGCGAUGAAUCACGAGUGAAUAUGCAACUAUUCUUCGGUCUAGUGGGGCUCUUCAACGUUGUACUGUUGUGGCCUGGAUUCAUCAUUCUACAUUACACUGGAAUUGAAACGUUCGAGCUUCCUAGCACGAGCCGGGUUUGGAUGAUUAUUCUGGUCAACUCGCUCUCCUCAUUUGUCUCGGAUGUCGCUUGGGCAUACGCUAUGCUUCUGACCACUCCUCUCGUCGUGACAGUUGGUCUUAGUAUGACUAUUCCGCUCUCGUUGGUUGGCCAGAUUUUCCUGCAGGGACAGUAUGCGCCUGUGCUCUACUGGCUGGGUGCGGCCAUCGUGUUCCUGUCUUUCAUGAUCGUAAAUCAUGAAAGUAAGUUGCAGGAUGAGGUUACCGUUGUUCCUAGGCAUCCGAGGCCCUCAUCUGGAGAGUAUGAAAGCAUUCCAAGCGAGGAGAUAUAG